AUGGCUGUUGAACAUAUUCGCUCGUCAUUGUACCGGAAACUCGGUCUUCUCUUCUCCUUCUCAUUCACCCUCGCAAAUGUAGAGAAUGUCGAUCAAGACAUCAAACAAUCUGUACGUAAUAAGGUACCAGAAAAUGUACUCGGUGACCCCGCACCGUUUCCAUUCAAGUUCUCCAAGAAGCUCAGCCAUGAUACUACUCAUUCACCUAAGUCUUGGACCCUAGAUUGCCCACUUUCUAUCAGACGCUCUGAGCGAUGUCGUCAGAUCAUAGAGACCACGGCUCAUGCUUUCAUCCUGUAG